AUGAAAGGAGACAACCAUGAAUGAGCCACUAGACAAUUUUACAAACACUUCUGAUUUCCCCGAUUAUGCAGCUGCUUUUAGAAAUUGCACUGAUGAAAAAAUCCCACUCAAGAAGCACUACCUCCCUGUUAUUUACGGCAUCAUCUUCCUGGUGGGCUUUCCGGGGAACGCAGUGGCAAUUUCCACUUACAUUUGCAAAAUGCGGCCCUGGAAAAGCAGCACGGUCAUCAUGCUGAACCUGGCCUGCACCGACCUGCUCUAUCUCACCAGCCUCCCUUUCCUGAUCCACUACUACGCCAGCGGCGAAAACUGGAUCUUUGGCGAUUUCAUGUGCAAGUUCAUCCGCUUCGGUUUCCAUUUCAACCUGUACAGCAGCAUCCUCUUCCUCACCUGCUUCAGCAUCUUCCGUUACUUUGUGAUCAGCCACCCGAUGAGCUGCUUUUGCAUUCACAAAACUCGGUGGGCCGUGGUGGCCUGUGCUGGGGUGUGGAUCAUUUCCCUGGUGGCUGUCGUUCCCAUGACUUUCCUGAUCACAUCAACCACCAGGACCAACAGCUCUGCCUGCCUUGACCUCACCAGUUCAGAUGACCUCACUACCAUCAAGUGGUACAAUCUGAUUUUGACUGCCACGACCUUCUGCCUUCCCCUGGUGAUAGUGACACUCUGCUAUGCCAUGAUUAUCUACACCCUCAACCAAGGGCCGAGGACUCACAGCGGCCUGAAGCGGAAAGCUCGGAGGCUAACCAUCCUGCUACUUCUUGUGUUUUAUAUAUGUUUUUUACCCUUCCAUAUCCUGAGGGUCAUUCGGAUUGAAUCUCGCCUGCUUUCCAUCAGCUGCUCCGUUGAGAAUCAGAUCCAUGAAGCUUACAUCUUUUCUAGGCCCUUAGCCGCCCUGAACACCUUUGGUAACCUGUUACUGUACGUGGUGGUCAGCGACAACUUUCAGCAGGCCAUCUGCUCCAUGGUGAGAUGCAAAGCCAGUGGGGACCUGGAGCAAGCAAAAAAGAUCAGUUACUCAAACAACCCUUGACAAACUUCACUUACUCAACCAAAGAGAAAAGCCUCCUGGUACUUCCCCUGUACUUUCUAAUUAGGCCAGAAUAUCUCCUUCAGUGGAACUCAGUAAACAUUGUGCAUUCAUGUGUCAAGGCCAGGGCAGAACUGCUGGAGUCCUUUGCAACCCACUUGUUGAGUUCCUUCCUUAGGUAGACCUAAGAAGGGGCUACAUGCAUAUCAGUAAAGGGUUAAAAUGUACAACUGGAACUAUUAAAACUCAGGGCCCUGUCGGAGGGAAAACACUUGCCCUCGGUCUCAGUAAGUUAGCACCUAUAGGAGAAAGACAACUUUCACUCAUGGUUUUAUACUCCUUUAUACUGGGGCCUAUUUGUACUGAACCCCAAGACUAUUCAAGGCACUAUUUGUAUCUUUUUCAAUAUUCUUUUUUUUUUACAUUUCAUAUCUUUAAACCUCUUUUUCAAAUUUUGCUUUGAGAUUAUUAAACUAUAUUUUUCACUAAGCUUUAGUCAAUUUUGUAGAUUAAAGCAAGUCAGUACCAUCCACUUGAGAUUUCAAAGAUGUCAAUGCAAAUGACUAAAAUGAAUACCUGCAAGGUAAUUGGGGUAUUAUAAGUAUUGUUAUAGAUAAUUUUUCAAGUUGUUAUUAGAUUUAUAAAAAAUAUCAAGUUAAUAUUGGUUAUUACCAACAUGUUCUGGGGAGGGAGGAGGAACUUUUGGGGAACAGAAGUACUUUUAA